AUGGUGACGGUAAACAAGGCCCAGCUUGGAGGGGCCGCAGCUGCUGGGCUGCUACCCCUGCCGCCACCGCCAUGAUCCCCCCUGCGGACUCUCUGCUCAAGUACGACACCCCGGUUCUAGUGAGCCGGAACACGGAGAAACGGAGCCCCAAGGCUCGGCCAUUGAAAGUCAGCCCCCAGCAGCCUGGACCCUCAGGUGCAGUCCCACAGCCACCCAAAACCAAGCUCCCCUCAACUUCCUGUGUCACAGAUCCUACAAAACAGGCAGAAGAAAUCUUGAAUGCCAUUCUACCCCCAAGGGAGUGGGUGGAAGACACGCAGCUAUGGAUCCAGCAGGUGUCCAGCACCCCCAGUACCAGGAUGGACGUGGUGCACCUGCAGGAGCAGUUAGACCUGAAGCUCCAGCAGCGACAGGCCAGGGAGACUGGCAUCUGUCCUGUGCGCAGGGAGCUCUACUCACAGUGUUUUGAUGAGCUGAUCCGGGAGGUCACCAUCAACUGUGCAGAGAGGGGGCUGUUGUUGCUGCGAGUCCGGGAUGAGAUCCGCAUGACUAUCGCUGCCUACCAGACCCUGUACGAGAGCAGUGUGGCGUUCGGCAUGAGGAAGGCCCUGCAGGCUGAACAGGGGAAGUCAGACAUGGAGAGGAAAAUUGCAGAAUUGGAGACGGAAAGGAGAGACUUAGAGAGGCAAGUGAACGAGCAGAAAGCAAAAUGUGAGGCCACAGAGAAGCGGGAGAAUGAGAGGCGACAGGUGGAGGAGAAGAAGCACAACGAGGAGAUUCAGUUCCUAAAGCGGACAAACCAGCAACUGAAGGCCCAACUGGAAGGCAUUAUUGCACCAAAGAAGUGAUAAUUUCCAUAUGGGUCUCAGCAAAUACUACUAUCCCAUCAUAAGACUUUUGUAAUAAAACGCUAGUUUCGUGAGUGAACAAGCCAUAUCCUCCCCUCAUCACCACCUAUGUGUUUUCCAGAAGUCACACUAUUGCCCAGUGUCAUCAACACUUAAGAUCUGCCAGUCAGGCUCCUGACUGUGCAGUGGACUUCAGGCUCCUGAAGGUGGUGGAGCCCUGACAGUCUCAGUACAUGGCUUAUUAGCCAAACUUGGGAUCCGCCAACUCAAAUAGUAACUGAGAAAGCACCAGCUUUCUCAUCAUCACUCUGCAUCGCUUUUUUCUGGCCAAAUGAAGCUGCUUCUCUGCCCCUCAAACUUUUAAUUCACAAUUCAUCUUGUACCUUAACUUGGGCUUCUCUGGCCUCAGUCCCUAUUUCAUGAUUCUUCAUUUCUACUAGAACGGAUUUCUAGUUACUCAUUUUGGAGCUUUGGUUUUAUACUGUUUUAUUCCCACUUACUAAGUCAACCGGACCCCUUCCUCCUUAGUGUCAGACUGCCUAGGUUAGGAAACAAUGGCAGAGUCAAACCCAUGGCUUUGCAGAAAGUAAUGUUUGCUGGAAAAGAAUACAAGUCAGCUUACAACUCAGCUCUACCACCGCCAGAUGUGAUUUGUUCACUUUAUUCUACCCCGAGUCUACUUCCCAUCUGUUAGUUAUAUUUAAUUAUCAACUGGAGAGGUAACCAAAUCUCACUUGUACUUCUCAUUACUAAUAAUCAGACUAUAGUGUGGAGAACUACAGUUUACUAUUUCUUUUAUGAAACUCUUCUGGUUUUGUAGGUCCAGAAAAUUGAGUUAGUGGUAUAAACCUAGCUAAAGUAGCAUGAUGUGUGUCUUCCAUCAUUCAGUGAAGGUGCAGAAGUAAAAUUACCUAAAGGCACUAACAUGCUCAGUAUUCCCCUGAAGAGGUGUGAUUAGAGACUCACUUCUUAGCAGAGCUUUGGCCUGCCGUCCACCCUGGUAGGACUUGGAGGCUCACUGGAAGAACUAGUGGCCAAGGAAGCACUGUUUCCCAGAGCCACAUGUGCCUUGUAUGCUCUAGUCUCCAGUCUGAAGUCACAGCUUUCAUGCUGCUAGUGUCCUGAGGAAUUUUUAAGUUUCAUUAAAAUGACCUGUCCAUGCUGCCACUUCCUUGGGAGAGAACUCUGUCCACUGAGAUCUGCUAGUUCCAGGACUCUAAGACAAUAAAGCACCUGUGUCCUCCACUUCAGACUCAAUGAGCAACAUUAGCUGCUGUUGCCUUUUCUUCAAAUUUUAAAGCCCAGGCUAUGUAUACUACCACCCUUGAGAUUUCUUCUUUUUAGUUUUAUAUGCUUCUGUUCCAAUUUGCUAAUUACCAGCACAGAAGAAAUACGACUUUCCAUUUUGUAGACUUCAUCCCCUAUUUUUGUCAGAUAUUUUCACAAGGUUACUCUCUGGAGGGACUAUGAGCGCUAAUCCAACCACCUGAAGUACCAAUGGACUCAAUCAGUGAAAUCUUUAAGG